ACACAGGCAGAAUGAAACUUCACUGUGCUCUCAGUAAUCUUCCACAGUUAUUUCAGAUGGACAACGUUGAGCAAAAUGACCGGCCACGCUCCAGGCAGCUUGUUCUCGCACACGCCCUGGACGAAGCACAGCUAGAUCUCCUCGGUCAAAGGCUAGAAAAGAAGUGUCUGUCACUUUCGGAGAGGGUAAAGUCACAAUGUCGGUGUUCUGGUUCCAGGAUAAAAAGCCUCGUGCUGGAGGUUAUUCCCAUCCUGUCAUGGCUCCCUCAUUACUCCGUCAGACACAACGCCGUCGGAGAUCUGGUGUCUGGCAUCAGCGUUGGGAUCAUGCAUCUACCCCAGGGUUAGGCUACAGCAACAGAUAAGAGUAUCAUAAAAGUCAUAAAAGAGUCUAAACUACAGUCUGCCACAAUACCUUCAUUCACAAAUCUAU